AUGAACAACACUUCUGUUGACCAAUCAAACGAAGUAUCUUCUCUCCUCGGGCCCUGGUUUCUCUACCCUGUUGCUACAGGUUACAUAUUAAUCGCAGCGGUGGCAGUUAUUGGAAACCUUCUGGUCUGUUUCGCUAUACUCGCCAACAAAAGUCUAAGGAGCAAGCCAACGAACCUUUUUCUACUGUCCCUGGCUGUCUCUGAUUUUCUAACCUCAGCUAUAGCAAUGCCUUUCGACAUAGAGUCGUUACUUCUUCAAGGAGGUUGGAAACAUGGUGCGGUUAUGUGCCUUGCGUUUCUUACCGCCUACCUCAUCACUGUACCCACCUCGAUUUUGACACUUUUGGCCAUCAGCGUGGAUCGCUACCUAAACCUUCGUGAUCCUCUACGCCACUUUCGCCGCACACAGCUCAUGACAAAAAGGAAAGCUUUAAUUCUGAUCGUUCUCAUAUGGCUGUACUGCAUCAUUUUUGCUUUUCUUCCCAUCUUAGGAUGGCCGUUUAUAAAAAGGAGUACGAAAAACGAACUAGAACAAUGCUUAAUUUUCUACAGUGUGUUGUACAACAUCUUGAGCAAUUUUUUGAACUUUGUUUUGCCAUUGGUAACUACCUGUGUGUUUAAUAUCAUGAUGUAUUGUAUUGCUCGCAAGCAUAAUGACAUUAGUCUCAAUCGGGUUAAAAGUUCUUAUUCGUCCAAAGAUGACGCCAAGGCCUAUGCAAGCAACCUUAAAGCAACCAAGACAACCUUCAUGUUUGUGGCAGCUUUCUUCUUUUGCUGGCAGCCCUUCUCGUAUUUCAGCAUUGUCGGUACUCUCUACGGUGUACAGAACUGGGACCCAUACCCGAGUAAAGUUUUCUAUGUGCUGUUGAUGUUUGGCUACUUUAACUCGGCUCUGAAUCCUUUUCUGUUCGCGUUCCGCAACAAGCGAUUCAAAGCCACGUACGCGAGAAUAUUUACUUUGGUCAAACGCCGCAGUUCAAGAGUGUGGCCUCGAUCCACUCCCUCGCUGAGUACCGUUGCGUCUGAUGUCCCUGAAGCUGAGAACAAAGUUGUUCGCCUGCAAGCAGUCCGAAUCAAAAAUACAACACCACACCCACCCAGACGAAACAGCACAUCAGCGCAAUAAAACUGAAGCUUUCAAGGGAGAAUCUAAAUGAAAAAAGAAGAUCAAUUAAACAAAUGAAGACAAAUUCGCAGUUUUACACGCAACCCAGAGCAGCACUCUACCAAUUACUGGCUAACAAGCCAACAGAGACAUUUUUAGUAAAAUGAUCACAAUAUUUAAGUUAAUUACAUUACCCCAUUUUUUUAGUUCAAAAUUAAGUAAAUCGUUCCUCCCUUCUAUCCUCGUAUUUGAGAAAGAUGCAAUCAAACAGCAGGAGGUAGAAAUCCAGCUAUCGCCUGAACGUCUUCAGCAGUUUUUUAAAGUUAAUUCCAUAGCCGUUCGCCCCAUGUUACGUACUUUAGAGUGUGGCGGUAGUUUUUGGAGCUAGUAGGGUAACGAUUAUUACGUGUUAGCGUUUGCCCGUAGUGUUACGUAUUGUAAAGUACGUAGCAACGACGUGAUGAGUAUGAUUGGUUCUUCAUAUAAUCAUAUGCUAUGUAUCUGUUAUUGUUACAAUAAUAAUAAUGAUAAUAAUAAUAUACCUGGCAACAGGUUGAAAACAUAAAAGUACAAAGACAUAAUUGUAAUGGUUUUUCAUAUAAUCAUAUGCUAUGUAUCUCUUAUUGUUACAAUAAUAAUAAUGAUAAUUCAAAAAAACAUACUUUAUUAAACUCUUCUCAAAUUGAAAAUUAAAUACAAAUUUAGUAUAACUAUAGUUAAAAAAAAAAGACUUCUUGGUGGUCCAGUGGUUUUCAACAGAGCAAAUGUAAACAACUGUCUAUAAACUAAAAAAUGAAAAUUUCUAUGUACAUCCCAACAAUAAAGUAUCUAUAGGUGUUGAGUCUAGAGAAGUCCUGCUUGACCCCUCUAUAUUUCUAGAUCCCUUCCUUAACAUCUAAGUUCCUCCUUCUCGGGCUUCUCGAUCCCCUUAGGCGUAGGAGCGCGCUCCGCAAAAUUGCAAAGGACACUUUCGCCCUGACCCAUGAAAUUGUUAUGGCGUAGCUCUCUUGCUUUUUAGCAGAUAAUAGCUCGGCUAAUCUUUAGUGGUAACUCAGGCAGUCGUCAGCCAUCCCUCCCGUCGUUGUAAAUACCAGUGGGGUGAAUGUGCUUUGCUCUAUUUCUGUGACGCGAGAGUUGUAUUUUCGCUUAUUUUCAUUUUCAUGAAUCCUGUAGAUUUGCUUGGGGCUAAGAUCUCUACACGAGUCCGCAUUGGAAUGACACACCCUUAUAUCGAAAAAUGCAGCCCUCUGUCGCUCCCAGAAACCCCUACAGUGGACGUCAAGGCGUGCAUCAGGGGCUUGGUUAGUCCCUCUGGCAAGCUCUUCGCCUGUAAUAGGUUGUAAUGUAUGACACACCCUUAUAUCGAAAAAUGCAGCCCUCUGUCGCUCCCAGAAACCCCUACAGUGGACGUCAAGGCGUGCAUCAGGGGCUUGGUUAGUCCCUCUGGCAAGCUCUUCGCCUGUAAUAGGUUGUAAUGGCGGUUUAACUUGCACAUCGUAACAAACCAUGUCAAGCAGCUGGGCCUGUAGAUCACGUAUUUCAUUUUGGCGCUGAAUAACUAUCAUCGCGUGAUCUCCUGACGGAUUAUCGGGUAUCGGCCAAUCAUAUCGAAGCCUCACAGCAUCACGAAAUUCCCGCUUGUUAAGAUCAAAAUCCAUGUCUUUGAGAGGAAUAACUGUAAGCCAGCUGGAUGCACCUUUUUCACAGGCCAGGUCCACGGCUCUCUGUGUCUUGUCUGGCAACAUGGCCUUCACCUCCUUAAGCUCUUCUCUUAGCCCAUCAUCCUUUUCUUUCCGGGUGGCGUAUACCAGUCGUUGUAUCUCGGCUUCUUCUGGGGUCUCAUGGGAUUGCGCCUCUAUUUUUGCCCACAAUACCUUUCGGGAUAGUCGUGUGCACUUUUUCCGUCGACAACCUUUCUCGACUAGCUGUAUACGGCUACAUCUUCUAUGCGUUAAGUCGUACGCUAAUGAAUCUGCUUAUUACACGCAGCGAAUUAUCCGGGUAUGAGGCAGGAGCUGUAUGAGGGGAAUAGAUUAGCGUUGAUGACGUCAUAGCCUUUUCUCUUGGUCUAAUGAAUUAAAUGCGGCGAAAUCUGUUUAAGGUAAGGUCAAGCUCUUCAUGUAUGGUGCCCCUCGCACUCGCGUCUAGAUCUCCAUUGGUGCGCGACUUUUCCCGACUCCCCCAAAUGAAAAGCUUGCUCGCAGGCUAUCGCGGUAUUAGAAACUUCAACGCAAUUGCAAGACCUCCGGUUGUCGAAUGUAAGUUUAAAAAAUCCAAAAAUUAAUUAUUCUGAUAGUUCUAAACGCAGUUUCUAAUUAUUUUUCCUAUGUAUUCCAAACUCUGAACAGUUUCCUUUUGUAGUGAUUAAGUGACUUGGCCAAAACGUGUUGGAAACCCCUUUACCUUAAAUGCCAUUGUAUUCUAAUGCGUAUAUAAAGUUUAUUUUGGUUUUAGAACAAAUACUAUUAUGAUGCAGAAAAUUGAUGCGAUGUAUGUAACUAGCCAGAUCAUCUGAGGGCUAAAGCCACCUUUCUCGGUAAACUCGGCACACUCGGUACAGCCGGUACAUCAGGUACACUCGGGUCACUUGGUACAAAGGGCACGACGUUCUUUUCUAUUACUGACAAUAGCUGUUGUCGAAAGAGGAUUCUUUGACAUCCACUUUAUUACAUCAUACAUCAAGGCACACAACACCUGCUCUGAUGACAUUGAAGAUAUGCACAAAGCAUAAUGAACUGAGGAUAACCGUGCACCGACCGGAAGUAUAACUUAUGAAGUUCUUAGCUCUCUCUUUAUACUAUCUGAGCCGAUGGAAUUCAGAAAAAUAUUACGAAAGAUAUUGUUUCCAUAGGAAAGAGUGCUAUCCCUGAUCAAGUGCCUAAUUUAUUAGUAGAAUGGUGCAUUUAUUAAAUCCUCUCACGUAAUGAUUAGGAAAGGCACAUUUUUUAGAAUAAAUCCUUUUUAGUCAAGUUGGUUAAUUAGUAAAUUGGUUGUUGAUUAUGUUUUGUUUUUAGCAGAAAUCAAAUAAUUAGAAUGUUACAGAGCCCUGAAAGCUUUUUAUAAAAAACAAACUGAACAAAUGACAAAUACCACUUAUGGUAUUAAUUUCGUUGGGUAAAAGCGUUCGACUAUUGACAAACAUAAAUUUUAUCGUCCUUUAUAGAUCACGCUUCAGUUUUAUGUUUUAUACAUUCCAUGUCAGAUUACUUCUACGGUGACGACACUCCCCAGGCUUGGUUGCUUGGCCUUAAAACGUCUAUGCCCGUAACAGGGUAUGGUUUCGGGGUCCUCAGCCUUACCUUUAUAUAUAUAUUACACAUUUCAAGAGAACACAAAGUUCUGUUGAUACAACUGCCCUAUUUAGCGCUUGAACAAGGCGUCAUUUUGGACAGGGAGCCUUUGAGUGUGAAGGUUAGCGAUGAGUGGUUCACGUGUUUGUUCAGUGCCAACAAAUUUUAUCCAAAAAUAUCUACAGUGUAAUACCAUGAAAUUUGUUUGCAAAAUUACAAAACUCUGUAUGCAAAACGAGGAGAACCAGGGUCAGAAAAGAAGGCUGGUCUUUACUAUGAACAGGGUUAGCGGGGUUUUUGUCUCAAACAAGGUCAGGGUUUGAAUGCCUCCGUUGCACUCCUCUAACCAAGUUUCCCUUGAAUGUCCUUCGCCGGGAUUUACUCGUGAUAUAGUGAAUAAGUUUUAUUUUAUUAAAGGAAAAACAGUUUCAUUCAAAUGGACAUUUAUCGCAUCCUUAUCAAUUUAUCAUUUAUAAGGGCAUAGAAGUUCGUGAUUUUUUUACGCUCCUCUGACACAAAUUAAACACGUAAAAAUGAAAUAGUUGUCGAUACUGUAUUUUAACGACUGAUGAACUAUUCUUGGAUAUUUCUUACAUCUAGAAGAAGAAUAUAAAAAAACUAAACGAAAUUUGGGCCGCUUUUUUUGUUUUUGUUUACAGUAAAUUCGAUGAUCAGUUUUUGCACCCGGGUGCUAGCCAUAAAGGUAAAAUAAACGAGUGAGUAGUAAUCCCUUUAAAAAAAGGAAACAAAAAGAAUUGUCUUUAACCGAAGGAAAAUCGUUGAUAAACUUGUUAUAUUGAAACUAGGAAAAUGUUGGCUUAUUGAACAUUUCCUUUUUCAUUAAAAAGACACUGUGUAACUAAUAUAAAGACUUAACACUUGACUUUUUAAGAGAUCGUCUUGUCCAUUAAGAGAACGUUUUUGCAAGAGAUCAAGUUUGAAAUGCUCAUUCUAACACUCAUUCAGAACACUAUGAAAAAGCCAAACAGAGUUUUUAAGGAGGUAAAAAUGUUUAUUGAGGCUGAUGUCAGCUUGCUGGAUCAACGAUUUCCAAUCUAAAUGUAUUACGAGUUAAAUAUAACCAAAAUUGUGCUUAAAAUAAUCUCUCGAUAUUGAACUGAUUGAUUUAAAAGCAUUCAUGCCUCUCCGAUUUUAAAUUAGCCUACAUGUAUGUACAUCCACCCACUCCCUUUAAAAAUUAGACCUCCAUUUUUUUGGAAAAGAAGGGGUGUCUGAACACUGGUUAUUUUCUGAUAUAAAAACAGAGGUUCAUAGGCGAAAACAAACGAAAAUGCCAAUAUAAGGCUUACGAGACUCUAAUAUAUUCUGAUUAGUUCAAAAAGCUUAUUCAGUAAAAGCUCUCCAAAGUUAACUUCAGCCGAGUGCCACAAAACGUCGGGAAAAGAAACAUGAACAACACAUCUGAUCACCAGUCAAACGAAGUGCCUCCUCUCUUUGGGCCCUGGUUUCUCUACCCUGUGGCCACCUGUUACAUAUUGAUCGCAGUAGUGGCAGUUGUUGGAAACCUUCUGGUCUGUUUCGCUAUACUCACUAACAGAAGUCUAAGACGAAAGCCAGCAAACCUACUUCUGCUGUCCUUGGCUGUCUCCGAUCUUCUAACCGCAACUAUAGCAAUGCCUUUUGACAUAGAGUCUCUUUUUCGCCAAGGAGGUUGGAAACACGGAGCUGUAAUGUGUGUAGCUUUUCUUACCGUGUACCUCAUCACUGUACCGACCUCAAUUUUGACGCUUUUGGCCAUCAGCGUGGAUCGCUUUCAAAGCCUUCGUGAUCCUCUGAGCCGCUUUCGCCGCGCACAGUUCAUGACCCAAAGAAAAGCUUUACUUGUGAUCGGCCUUAUCUGGUUGUACUGCAUCAUAUUUGCCUUUCUUCCCAUCAUGGGAUGGCCGUUUCUAAAAAGAGGUAAAAAAAUCAUACUCAAUGGUUCCUGCAUGGUCCCUUUCAGUAAGUUAUACACAUCUCUGAGCAAUUUUCUUAACUUUGUUGGGCCAUUGGUAGCCACUUGUGUGUUAAACAUCAUGAUAUACUGUAUUGCUCGUAAGCAUACUAGAGGCAGUGCCAGUUUUAAGGUGCGCCAGGAGAGCGGGCAGAAAUCCAAGGAAGACGCCAAGGCCUAUGCAAGAAACCUAAAAGCAGCCAAGACAACUCUCAUGUUUGUGGCAGCUUUCUUCUUUUGUUGGCAGCCCUUCUCUUAUUUCAGCAUUGUUGCUAAUCUAUGGGGACAUGAUAACUGGAAAACAUACCCUUUUAAGCUUUUCUAUGUACUGUUGAUGUUUGGCUACCUUAACUCGGCUCUGAAUCCUUUUCUGUUCGCAUUCCGCAACAAACAAUUCAAGCAUACCUACGUGAGAAUGGCCAGCUCGGUCAAGCGCCGCAAUUCAAGCGUAAGACGUCGCUCCACCGUCUCACUCAGUACCCUUUCCUCUGAUAUUCCCGAAUCUGUGAACAAACAUGUACGUCUUCAGUCCGUCAAACACAAAAGAACAACACCAGACCCACCAAGAAGAAGCACGACGAGUCAGGCACAGUAA